ACAUUGAGGAUUUCUGUAACUGGAAUCAAGGUGCCAGGAUUCAUUCAAACAUUUUAGAAAAGCAAAAGCUGUCAAUAUCCGAAUGUCUCCGCCGUCUGGAAUGUUGCUGGACGAGAUGCCCCUGUUUGAUCCUUCUCUACUCCAAGAGCUGGACUGGAGCGGCAACACCGUCUCCUUCUCGCCUCCCAUUUCUCCGUCUCAGCCUGGAGAAGGUCUGGUCCUCCGUCCUCUCUGUACUGCUGACCUAGACAGAGGCUUCUACAAGGUCUUAUCACAGCUCACGGUGGCUGGGGAUGUCACAGAAGAACAGUUCAAAGCAAAAUUUGAACACAUGAAGAAAUCUGGAGACUAUUAUGUCAUAGUGGUGGAAGACACGAAUCUUGGACAAAUUGUUGCCACAGCAACACUUAUCAUAGAACACAAAUUCAUCCACGCUUGUGCAAAGAGGGGGCGUGUGGAAGAAGUGGUUGUGAGUGAUGUGUGCAGAGGAAAACAGCUGGGAAAACUGUUGGUAUCAACAUUGACUCUCCUCAGCAAAAAACUGCAGUGCUACAAAGUAACACUGGAGUGUGCGCCGAAAAAUGUGGAAUUUUAUAAAAAGUUUGGCUACUCCUCUUCAGAUGAGGCUUACAUGCAGUGCCGGUUCUUUGACUGAAUCCAAAAGAAUCUUGAACGUCACAGAAUGUUUGCUUUAGAACUCUUGAUCUGUUCUAUUCUCUGAGAAUCUUGGAUCAGACUACCUCCAAGUUUUCACUUUUAGCCAGCAAAAAAAAAAGGAAAAACAAUAAACUUGACCAUUUGGUGACAAGUAACAAUAACAAAAUUAUGUGAAAGAAGCAUUUUGAAUUCACUACAAGACAGAACAAUGAGCAUAUUCGUG